UGAUUCCUUGCAGGCACCUGGUGAUUGCUGAGUAUUACCAACAGGAGAGAGACCUGUGUAUAAACAACACAGAUCUCUCCCCUGUCAGCUCCUGCAUACUGCUUUGUAUGGCUCUGCAUAGCAGAGCCAUACAAAGCAGCAUGCUUACAGUGUAAAGCACACACACAGCGAAACAACACACAGUUAACCCUUUGAUCGCUCCACAUGUUAACCCCUUCCUGCCCAGUGCCAUUUUUACAGAGUCAGUACUUUUUAUUAAAUAAAACACUGAUCACUGUAUUGGUGUCAGUGACACCAAGCCAGUUCUCCCCAGUGUCAGAAUGCCCAUCACAGUCCUGCUAUAAGUCGCUG